AUGAGUAAUUCCCGAAAGAGGUUAAUACAAAAUUCUGUUGAAAGUUAAUCAAAUCAUACAGAAGUUCUUUCAGAUAUAGAGGAAGAGGAUAAUCUUAACAAUUAUAAGUAUGAAGGAAAAAAUAAAAAUGAGUAAUAAAAAUAAUAGGAACAAUAAUAUAAUGUUUAAAAAUAAUUUUAAUAACAAACCCAAAAAAAUUCUGAUGUGUUUAAUAUUUAAAAUAAUCGUAAUAACAUUUAACAUAAAAACUAAGCAUAAUCAUUUAAGAAACCUUCUGCUUAAAAAUAAGGAAAUUAACCAAAUUUAUUUUAAUUCUUUGGAAAAAGUGUUUUAGUUAAUCCAUCAUAGAGUUCAUAAAAGAAGUAAAAAGAAUUCAUAAAAAACUAGACACAGGAUAUUAAUGUUGAUGAAAUAAAUGUAUAAGAAUAAUUAGAAAUAGAAAGAAAGAUUAAGGAAUAAAAUAAGGAUAAUAAAAAAGGAUUAACAAUUGUUUAAUAAUAAUAAUAAUAAUAAUAAUAAUAAUAAUAUUAAAUCAAUAAAUAAAAUUAUGGUUUAGAUAAUGGAAGAGAAAUAGUUUAAUAAUUAAAAAAGAUAGAUUUGUAGAAAUAAAAGAAAAAUGAAUCUCUUAUAAAUUUAGGACCAGAUAUAAAAAAAAGUUUUGAAAUAUAAAUUGAAUAAUAAUAGGGAUAAAUGAAAAAUAAGAAAGGAGAAUUGAAUAUAAGAUGGGAGAAUUAAAAUUUGAAAGAUUUGAAGAUAGAUAAUAAUAGAAUGUAAUAGUUUGAAUAAGAAAAAUAAUAAGAAUUUAAGAAUGAUAUAAAUUUAUUUAAAGGAUUAACAAUAGUAUUGAGUGGAUUAUUAAAUGUUUGUAGUAGAGAGAAAUUUGAAUAGUUUUUAAAGAAUAAUGGAGCAAAGGUAACUGGAAGUAUAUCUGGGAAAACUAAUUAUUUAAUAGUAGGAGAUAAAUUAGAAGAUGGAAGAAAAGGUGAGGAAGGUAAUAAAUAUAAAGAAGCAAUAAAAAGAGGAACAAAAAUAAUAAAAGAAGAUGAUAUUAAUGAUUGGUUAUUAGAUAAAAUAGGAAUUGGAUUAGAAUUGAUAUUUCCAGAUUCUAAUUUAUCUAAAUUAUAUAAGAAAUCAGGUUAAAAAAAUAAAAAUGAAUUUAAUAGAGAUGAAAAUAAGAAUAUAAGUAUGGCAGAUAAAUAUAUGCCAUAAACAUUAUCUGAUUUAGUAGAUAAUAAAUCAAGUGUAACUUAAUUAAAUGAUUGGAUAUAUAAAUUUUAACAUCCAAAUUCAAAUGAAGAAUAAUAAAAAUAAAAAAAGAAAUUUAUACCAUUGAAAAUGGGAAGAUAUUAAGCUAUUGGAAAUAUUAAGUAUUAAUUUAUUAUUCUAAAUAAAGUUCUAAAGCUUGUAUAAUAAGUGGUCCUCCAGGUAUAGGUAAAACUUCUAUGGUAAGAUUAGUAGGUGAAGCAUUAGGAUUAAAAUUAAUUAUAAAUAAUGCAUCAGAUAAAAGAAAUAAAGAAAGUUUAAGAACUAUACUUAAUGAUUUAGUUGAUAAUAGUGUAUUAAUGAAUUUAUUUAGACCAAAUAAAGACUUUUUAAUUGUUAUGGAUGAAGUUGAUGGAAUGACAGGUUCUGAUAGAGGUGGAAUAUCAGCAUUAAUAGAAUGUAUUAAAUCUACUAGAAUUCCUAUUAUUUGUAUUUGUAAUGAUAUUGACAAUCAAAAAUUAAAAUCAUUGUUAAAUCAUUGUUAUAGUAUUAAAUUUUAAAAACCAGAACCUAAAUCUAUUGCUAAAAGAUUAAAAUAUAUAUGUGAUUAAGAACAUAUUAAUAUGACUUAUGAAGAUCUUGAAAAAUUAGCUAUUUGUUUCGAUUGUGAUAUCAGAUAAUCUAUCAAUAUGUUGGAAUUACAAAAAAUAUAAUCAAAAACUAAUAUUAUCAAACCUAAUUCAUUCAAAAAAGAUAAAGUUUGUGUUUUUAAUACAUUUAAUGCAGCUUUAAGUUUAUUAAAUUAAAAUUAAAGAUAAUAAUUAUCAUUUAGAGAUAUGAUGGAUAUGUUUUACUUAGAUUAUGAUCUAAUUCCACUUAUUAUAUAAGAUAAUUACAUUUUAUCAAAUCAUUAGAAUAUUAAUAAUGUUGCUAAAGCUGCAUAAUUAAUAGCUGAAGGUGAUAUAAUAUCUAAAAAAAUUAGAAAAAAUUAAUAAUGGUCAUUAAUGCCAUCUUUUGGAUUCUUAUCUAGUGUUUAUCCAUCAACUAUUAUUGGAGAUAAAAUGGAAUUUCCUAAAUUUCCUUCAUGGUUAGGAAAGAAUUCAACUGCUUCUAAAAUUAAAAGAGAAAGUCAUAUUAUUAAAAAUAGAUUUGCUCCCUUUACAUAUUUAACAUCCGAUAUAAAAUUAUAUUCUAAAUAUCUAUUUAACUUAAUUAAAUAAUAUUUAGAAUUAAAAAUACUUAGAAAUGAUAAAGAUGCAAUAUGGAAUGUUAUUUCAAUUAUGGAAUAAUAUAGAAUUACUCCUGAUUAAUUAAAAGAAGAACUUCAUAAUUAAAUAUUUAAUCCAUUAAAAGAUAAUUUAUUGAGUACUAUUGAUACCCAAAUUAAAACUUAAUUAACAAAAAUGUAUAAUAAAAGACAUCUUAUUUUAAAAGAAAAAGCAACUAAAAGAUAACAAAAUACCGAAAGAUAUCUAGUAAAUAUUUAAUUAUAUAUUUUAGAGUGAAAAUUAUAAUCCAUUAAUUGGAGAAGAAGCUCCUUUAAUUGAAUAAGCUUAAAAAGAAUUAGAAGAAGAAGAAGACAAAAAAUAAGAAGAUUUUAUAAACAUUACUAAAACUAAAAAAAUUAAGACUCAAACUCAAAAAUAAAGUAAAAAAUUAAAAAAAAAUCAAAAAGAAAAUGAAAAUGAAGAUUAAGAUUCUUUGGGAUCUAUGAAUAAUUUUAUUGUUAAUGAUGAUGAAGAUGAUUUAUGA